AUGGAAAGUCCGCCCUACAAGCCACAUUUGAAAGUAGCUACGAAGGAGGAUUUCUUCAAGUUUUUGCCGGAAGGAUUCGUAGCUGAAGCAUUGGCACUCACCAGCGCUCGAGAUGUUUCCCGGUUGUCCUCCGUCAAUUCCGUUUUCCGUUUCGCGAUACAGUGGGACAGCGUUUGGGAGAGUUUCACACAGCUGGAAAUGGCGGACGGUGGUUCAGUCGCAUCAAAGAAUGAGAUUUAUAUGCGUCUCUGUGAUCAUCCAGUCGUCAUAGACGAAGGAAACAAAGUAAACUUCUGA